AACGUGAGCACAGAAUUAUAUAACUCUUCCUCUGUCACCAUGCUCAAAAGAUUCCUCUUUUACGGUGCAAAAGUUUACCUUUUUCCGAUGUGGGAUUAUUCCUUCUUUUAACCCACAACCUUGGAUUUUACUCCUCAAUCACCCCUUUUAUCUUUCCACUAGUACUAAGCAAUGCAUGAGCUCUUUCCUUCUGUUUUCUCUGGGAACUGUGUCUCUGUUCCCUUUGAUAGUCCCAUCUUAGAUACAUAGGUAGCUCGCUAGAUCUUGAAUCUUCUGGCUGCUGCAAUUUCAGGUUUAUCGACAGAUUGCGUCAAAUAUAUAGGGACAAAUUGGGAGACCAAAGAGCAAUGGAGCUUUAAUCUCAGAUUCCAUCUGGGUUUGUUCUGAGUGUCCUAAAGAAAGGAAAAAAAAAAAAUGAGGCCUGCAAUGAAUGAUAAAGGAGGUUACAAUCAGAGCUUGGCUCAAUCACACCAAAGUAGUAACUCCUGCAACUCUGAGUUCCAUAAAUCAAACAACACAAACAAGAAAAUCCUAGGAUCCAGAUCUAAACCAACUCCUUCAAAAUGGGAUGAUGCCCAGAAAUGGCUCGCCGGGUUAUCAGGCGCAGGAGAUCACAGUCACAGCAAGAACAAGCCGAGAAACUCCAACGCCGAUGACCGGAGACUCCUAAACUCAGCCUCCCAAAGGGCUAGAGAAUCCACUAGCAGCACGGAUGUCGGUUUGCAUGAAGACAUAGUACUGACGAUUGGUAACGUGCAAGAUGAAGGGGAAACCAAGAACAUUGACAGUAAUGAAGCAUUGUGGAGGAUGAGCAAGCCUGAAUCUCCGGUGGAGGUUAAAUCAGUUUGUUUGAGGGAUGUGGGUACUGAGAUGACACCGCUAGCGAGCCAAGAGCCUUCGAGGACUGGGACUCCGAUUAGGGCGACCACUCCUGCAUUGACGAGCCCUAUUGAUUCUACGGCUUCGAGUCCUGGGAGGGGCCGGAACCAAUCUAAUGAGGGGUAUCAAUUGGGGGUGAAUCAUUUGGAGAGGAAUACUGAGGUGGUGGUUUUUAAUAGAGGAGGAGAUGAAGUUGGACGAAAUGUGGUAUCGAGCAAUGGUGCUAUCGUGCAGGUUAAGACCCCGAGUUCAUUGGAAAAUCGAGCAUUGGCGUGGGAUGAGGCGGAGCGUGCUAAAUACAUGGCAAGGUACAAGCGUGAAGAGGUGAAAAUACAGGCCUGGGAAAAUCAUGAGAAAAGGAAAGCUGAAAUGGAGAUGAAGAGGAUGGAGGUGAAAGCUGAGAGAAUGAAAUCCCGGGCACAAGAAAAACUGGCGAACAAAUUAGCAGCAACAAGGAGAAUAGCGGAGGAGAAGCGAGCAAAUGCUGAAGCCAAACUGAAUGAGCAAGCUGCAAGAACUGCAGAGAGAGCAGAUUAUAUUCGAAGAACGGGUCAUUUACCAUUCAACUUCAAUAUCUCCAUGAAGCUUCCCUCAUUAUGUGGAUAACAACCAUUUUGCACAUCUCAUUUAGCUUUAUCUCUUCAAAAUCUUUUAGGGUUGUUUUUAUAUUCAUUUCUUGUUUCUAUGUUUAGCAGUAAUAGGAGCGACUUAGAUUGGUAUUUCAUUCAGAGAAUUAUGCUUCCAGAUGUAUUUUUUCCCAAGUAUGGUUUCUGCUUUGAUACUAAUUUGUGAUUCAGAGGAAUGGACACUGAAUUAAUUAUUUACUGUAUGGAUGUAUACAUGUCUUAGGAU